GAGGCAAAAUAGUCCAUAUGAUUGGAGACUCCACACUACGCCAGUGGUGGGAAUUCCUGCUGGCCUUCAUUCCAUGGAAAAUCAUACAGGAAGGAGAAAGGAAAGGCAGGUGGGACAGAUGGUGAUGGCUCCUUGUGGUCUCAGACCAGCUCCACUUCUCUGUCUUGGACUAAUAUUCACAGCGGGGAUGAUCUACCGAUUCCUAUCCUUUGAUCACUUCAGAGACAAACUUGUGCCUCCAUCCCCUGUGGGUGCCAAGCCAGGCCCAACUCCUUUAACAGAGUCUCCAGAACUGCAGGCACUGCUCCAGCUGCUCCAUUGGCCAGCUCCAGCUGAGGAUGCUGUAGCCUUUGCUUCCUCCACCAGUGCUGAGAAGAGCCACUACCGACUCUUGCAGUCCCAGAGCAAGUACACAGUGGGUAACAUGCUCCUGGUGUCACUGGAGGCCCGGGACCAGAGCGGGCAGCCAAAGCACUACGGCGGAGACUUCUUGAGGGCCAAACUGCAUUCCCCAGAGCUGAAGGCGAGUGUGGCAGGGACAGUGGAGGACCACAAGAAUGGCACCUACACACUGACUUUCCCGCUUCUGUGGGCAGGUGCGGCGCAGGUGUCUGUGCGUCUCAUCCACUCCAGUGAGACUGUGGCCCUCAUUCGGCGCAUCCGUGACUCCCAUCCCUCCACAGUCGCCUUCUGGGGCUACUUUGAGGACCCAGGCCAAGGGAGCAAAGAAGAAGUGACUGAAUGCAACGUGCAUCCAGUCUCAGGCCCAACCUGCCAGUACGUGGAUCCUGGCACUGGGGAGCACUGGUUUUGUGCCAGGCCCCAGCAUCACUCCUGCAAUGACCUUGUGUACCACUCUGCUGGGAUCUACAAAAAUGUGCUCACCUCAGCAGAGAAAGUCUUCCUUAGUGGAGCUGCGACAGACCGGAUUAUUCCAGGGAGUGUGCCCAUCAUCCAAGUGCUGCCUAGCCACCAGCUGACUGUUGCCACCUCCCCACCACUCCCAUGCCAUCCAGGCCUUGCCCUCACCAACCCUUCAGGUUUCUACUACAAGGAUGUGUGGGUUUCCUUGGGAUGUUCUAGCCGGACCUUCCCUACUUCUGACUUGGCACUUGGCUGCUUGCGAGGCAAGAUAGUCCAUAUGAUUGGAGACUCCACAUUACGCCAGUGGUGGGAAUUCCUGCUGGCCUUCAUUCCAUCAGUCAAGCAGAUAGACCUUCACGUGACCUAUCAGUCUGGCCCACUGCUGGCUGUGGAGCCAGCACAGGGCCUUGUGCUGAGGUGGCGUGCCCACGGCAUUCCGCUGCGCACCGCGAAGUCCAAGAUGGCUGACAUGCACUACUUGGCCAAUGAGCUGGAUGCACUUGGUGGGGGCCCGGACAUGGUGGUAGUUUUCACGCUCUGGGCCCAUUUCACCACCUUCCCAGUGGAUGUAUAUGUGCAGCGGGUGCACGGCAUUCGGCAGGCUGUGGCUCAGCUCCUGGCCCGCAGCCCCCAGACCACCGUUGUCAUCAAGUCAGCCAACACAGGAUACAAGUCUGUCUAUGGCAGUGACUGGCUCUCCCUGCAGCUGGACAACAUCCUUCGUGCCAUGUUUGCUGGCAUGAGAGUGGCCAUUGUUGAUGCCUGGGCCAUGACCUCCUGCCACUACCUGCCUGAUAACAUCCAUCCUGGCAAGGUAAUUGUCCAGAAUGAGGUCAACGCCUUCCUCUCCUAUGUCUGUCCAGGGAAGUGACUCAGAAUGGAGCAGUCUUGGUACAGCAGAAAUAGAGCACAUGGAAAAUUCCACAAUGAUGAGGGAUCUUCAGAGAGCACCUUGACAUGUUCAGGGGGGAGGUUGGUGGCUAGAGCAACUUCUCAGCAACCAAGUUGCAGUGGGUGUUAGAU